GAGCAUCAAAGUCGCUGGUUGCCGACAUCCGCCGCCGCGUAUCUCGACCACUCUCGGGCUGUGCUAUCGGGAGUCUUGCGUUGCUCUGGAGGCGACGUCUUACUUUAUCUGACUUCUCGUGUGUUUGGUUGCAUCCGGCAUGCUGGAGCAAUAAUCGACUGGAUCAUCUCGCAAUCUUCCUGUCUUCGAUCUUGCAAGUGCGCUGCACCGUGUCUGGAGCUGGCACCUGUCAAUUGAUCUCGGAAUCUCUUCUGCAUCCCAUUGAUCCAUCAUGCUUCAACCUCGUCUGGCCUUGACCGGCCUGCGGCUUCCCUUCAGAUGCCUGUCCUCCGUCUCGUCUCGGGCCUACUCGACGGUCAUCACGGAGAAAGAGGCGCCCUCCGCCGAAGAACCUCCGAGUGCGACCUUCGAUCCUAGUAUCGCCUUCGCUCCUCCACCCACCCGUGACGAUACCGGCGUUCUCAUCCGCAAAUAUACGCCCCGGACGCCCGGUGUCCGCCAUCUGCGGAGACCCAUCAACGAUCAUCUCUGGAAGGGACGACCGGUCCAGAAGUUGACAUUCCCGAAACGAGGCCAUGCCAAAGGUGGCCGUAACAACACCGGAAGAGUGACGAUUCGGCAUCGUGGUGGUGGUCACAAGCGCCGUAUCCGAGUGGUGGACUUUGCCCGGGCUGCCCCCGGGCCGCACCUGGUCGAACGCAUCGAACAUGACCCCGGACGGAGUGCUCACAUUGCACUUGUCCGCAGUCAAGAGACCAAGCAGCUGAGCUAUAUUCUGGCUGCCGAGGGAAUGAGAGCCGGGGACGUUGUGCAGAGUUACAUGCCAGGUAUCCCGCAAGAUCUGUGGAACAGCAUGGGUGGCGCCGUGGAUCCCGGUGUGCUGGCCGCCAGAACUGCCUGGCGAGGCAACUGCUUGCCCUUGCACAUGAUCCCCGUCGGGACGUCGAUUUUCAACGUCGGAUUGAAACCGGGCAAGGGUGGCCAGCUGUGCCGAAGCGCGGGUACCUUUGCCACGGUGAUCGCCAAGGGUACCAACUCGCCCAGCCAGGGUCAACAGGAGACGCCGGAGGAGGGUGCCGAGACCAAGAAGGUCUCCCAGCGGGAGCUGCAAAAGAAGGAGCGUCUUGCUACGCACAUCACUCUGCGGCUUCAGAGUGGUGAGGUCCGCCUGAUCCACAAGGACUGCUGCGCAACCGUGGGAGUUGCCAGUAACCCUAACUAUCAGUAUAGCCAGAUCGGAAAGGCCGGACGAUCUCGCUGGCUGAACAUCCGUCCCACCGUUCGUGGUCUGGCGAUGAACGCGGCUGACCAUCCCCACGGUGGUGGACGUGGUAAAUCCAAGGGUAACGUUGACCCGAAGAGUCCUUGGGGUCUCCCGGCGAAAUCCGGCUGGAAAACCCGGCCCAAGUGGAAGGUCAACAAGAACGUGGUUGUUCCCCGAGUGCGCAACCAGGGCAAGCGUCGCAGAGGUUACAGCUAAAGGUAUCGCACAUGCCAUCGUUUCUCUCGUGUCAUUUCAUUUCCAUUUUCUUCAUUGCAUUCGAUUCCUAAUAUGUAUACUUCCUGCUUGCCACGACGCUUCUCCCAAAAUUUCUUGUCAUUUGUUUUAGCCUGAGACGUGCGCGGAGAUGAGAGAUGUGUACUCAACUUGUACUAUUUCAGAAAGAUGUUCUCGUUACCUUGGGGUCUGUUGAGAGAGCGAGAGAGAGAGAGAGAGGAGGAAAGAGGGAGAACGAGCGAGUUUGCUGCUCUGGUUCCUCGGCCUUUUUUUUUUAUGUGUUCUCUCCGACCCUCCGUGGCGUUGUUACUGUAUUAUAUGGGAUUAGAAUAUAGGUCAUGCUCACACGGGGAGAUUUC